AUGCAGGUCUGGAAUCGCUGCGCCCUAGGCCCCAGCGUCGAGCUGCCCAGAGCGAUGGACAUCGCGUCAUACACAGCCUUUCGGACAGGCAAGCGGUAUGAGCGUUGCAAGUUACAAAGCAGCCACGAGGAGUUUUCACAACAAUGCGAGCUUUGCCCCUGGCCUUACUUGCAGGAUCUCCGAGAAGACUUGGAGCGAUCGAUCCAGUACUGGAAAACUUUGGUCCGAGCCCGAGAUACGAUUCCACGUUUUGCGGAGGGGUUGACCGAGGCCAUUGGGGACUACAGAGACUUCGUGUUGAUGUUCCGCGAUAGCAUUGCCAGGUUCAAGCAGGGCCAUUACGUAUCCAAGUUCGAUCCCAAGGUCGUCGACAGGCAUCCUGGAAGCCAACCGCCUGGCCCAUCGAAAGCCCGCUUUGGCAAGCUAAUGCCACCUACGUUGGAGGUCGAUCUACUAUGGCGUACUCAUCGACUGUUCCCUGGGCAGUAUUGGGAAUUCUCCCUGAUAAGAGGCUUGUGGCUGAUCGAGCCGGAAUGCACAGUGAAUCCCGACAGCGCGAGGGUGUUGCUCGCGGAAGCUCGACAGCUGUGGAAGAAGGCUGAGAUUGAGCCACCCACGAUCAACUCUAUAGAUCAGUGGCUCGAAUCAUACCUACCGGAUUUCGCAAGACCAGCGCCAAAGGGAGUCGAACGGGAGCCCUUGGAUGUGUUACUGAAUGGAUGUAAGGAAGGAAACCCUAGAUUCAGGAGAAACGACGGGUAUAGUCCGGGAGGCGGUGGUGGUGGAGUGGCGGGCGAUAGCAGCGGGUGCGGCGGCGGUGACGGGGGCGGAGGCGGCGGGGGCGAGUAG